AUGGAUUGCUGGAAGGAAACGGUGCUGCUCUCUCUGCAGCAGGAUCUGAGUGAAAUAACUGCAGUUAUUUGGGAAAUGCUUGACGUCGUUCCCAAUGCCAACUUCAAUUCUUGGCUCUUCCCAACGAAAUUUUGUAGAGAUUUGCUGAGCAUCCAAAUGAGGAACAGCGCUGAUUACACCCAUCACCUAGAGCACAUCUUGGAUCGUAUCUACUACGUCUUCAACAUCCUCUUAAUCCAUCUGCAAGAAGAUACAAGUAAUGCGAAGAAAGGCAUCUCGAGACCUAUAAAGGUGACAUUGGGAAAAUGCGUAUUGUCAGUAUGGAAAGCCGUAGCUGUUUUGGUAUCAAAGAAUAAAAGCAAAGAUAAACGUUUACAAUCAGAAUUGGAAUUAUGUCAUUGUAGUUCGCAAACUGAUUACGUUAAUUCGGGGAAUUGCGAUAGCUGCGACGUAGCGCUCGUUUGCUUGAAAAGUGUAUCGGAUUCGCUGGAAAGGAAUCUAAGCUCUUCGCGAACUUCUCGGGCCAGGGAAUCUCUGCAAGCGAACGCGUUUCGCGUGAAUUUGAGCAAUUGCAUGCACAGCAUCUGCGAAGCUAUAGAAGAUGAUGUGAUGAGAAUGGCGAAGGAGAAUUAUGCACACUAUGAACAACUUUCAAGGAUGUCUGGGGAGUUGUCGGAGGCAAGGGAAAAGUUGGCGAGCGAAGGAAUUGCUGCGAUGGAGAAUCGUGAGGAGAUUCGGAAGUUGAAGGAUUUUUUAGCAAAAGAUGUUUAUGUUAAGAGAAAUUCGGGAAGCAGAGUCUGCACUUGAUGAACGAAGCUUUGAGCCGCGAAAAGAAUAAGUUGAAGGAGGAAGUCAACUUGUUGCAGGAGAAAAUCCAAAGAUUGGAAAAGUCUUCAGAGCAUCUAGAG